AUGGCGGCAGCCUCAUCCAUCCAGCCGCCGAGCGUUCACUCUUCUCUAGCCCGGGAGAAGGCACUUUCCCCGGAGAUGGACAGCCCUGACAGCCGGCAGCCGGAGGAUGAAGAGGCGGUGGCGGCGGUGGCCGGAGCUGUGGGAGCGGUGGGAGCAGCGGGAGCAGCGGGAGCGCAGCCCUCCGAGCCCGGGAUCAGCCUGCGCGACCUGCCGGACCUGGACCCGGAGGAGAUCGAGAAGCGUCUGGCCAAAACCCGCAUGGAGCUGAGCAACAGGAGGAAGAUCCUGAUCAAGAACCUUCCUCCGGACACCACCAACCAGGAGGUCCAUGAAAUCCUGAAAGAGUACGAGCUGAAGUAUUGCUUCGUGGACCGCAACAAGGGAACAGCCUUUGUGACUUUGCUGAACGGGGACCAGGCUCAGGAUGCCAUCCGCUCCCUCCACCACAGCACUGUCCGAGGACGCCUGAUCAACGUCACCUUGCAGCCCACCGACUCGCUGCUGUGCCUCACCAACCUGCCGCACACCUUCACCGCCCAGCAGCUGGAGGAGCUGGUGCGUGCCUACGGGAACAUCGAGCGCUCCUUCCUGGUGUACAGCGAGCUGACGGGCCACUCCAAGGGAUACGGGUUCGUGGAAUACAUGAAGAAGGACUCGGCUUCACGGGCCCGAUCUGAGCUGCUGGGCCGACCGAUGGGCGACCGCUCACUGAUGGUUCAGUGGAUGGACGUCAACCAGCUGAGCCAGGAGGAGAACCUGCACUCCAGGUGUCUGUGUAUAGACCGACUGCCGCUGGACCUCUGCGACUCGGAGGAACUGACCCAGCUCUUCUCUGAAACCUACAAACCCGUCUUCUGCCAGCUUGCCCAGGACGAGGGCAGCCCGGUGCGGGGGUUCGGCGUGGUGGAGUACGAGAGCUCCGACCAGGCCGAGGCUGUUCUGAUGGAGAUGGACCGGACGCUGGUGGGAGGACAGGAAGUCCGUCUGUCACCAUGUUCCCCCGGCACCACCGGGAGAAGCACCCUGGCUGCACUCAUCGCCGCCCAGGGCAUGAUUCUGAGCAACAGGAAAGGUCUCCUGCCAGAACCCAACCUGGCCCAGUUGCUGACCAGUUUGACGAACCCGGCCGCCCUGCAGAUCCUCAUGAGGCCGUACCACACUGGGAAAAGAGGAGGGAAGUACGGCCGUCACAGCAGCCUGCCCUUCCUCAGACCCCCCCUCACCACAGCCCUGCUCACCCUGGGAAAAGCACACCAGAACGCCAUGCUCGGUAAUGGACUCGUCCUUCAGAACCUCCUGCACAUGCAGCUCGCACAGCAACAGCUUCUUCACAUCAAAGACAAGCGCAUCAGUAGUGUCUCCAGUCUGCUCGGGGACCCGUCCAGGCUGCUGAUGCAGAAAGCUCUGUCUCUGCGCCCCCCCGGCCUCGUGGCUCUGGGGAAAGGCCUCCUGGGAGACUCGCCUACAGAGUUGAGUCAGGAGUCAGUGCCACCACCCACCCACAACGCCACUGUGGUGGUAUCAGCCGCGGGGAUGAUGCCGUACCUCCAGAGUAGAGCCGCAGAACAACUCGGCGCCCACUCCCUCUCCACCCCCCCGUCCUCGUCCUCCGGCGAGAGACAGCCUGCCCCUCCCGGGACGAUGGUGGGCUCCCAGCUGCAGGGACAGAGCUAUGCCCUGGGUAUCACUAACUCAGGUCUCGGGCUUCCACCACCCAAACCCCCGGGAGGAGUUUAUACAUCAACAGGCCAUCACAACAGUGCAGAUGGCUGCCCCCUGGGGAGCAUGGUGAACUGUGGUCAGAGUUCUCUGUUGGGGGAUCCUCCUAAAGAGGUCCGCAUGCCCUCGAAUCCGUACCUGAACCUGGCCAGUGUCAUGCCAGGGGUCGUUCUGCAAGGGUCGGUGGGGAGUAAAGCCCAGGGAGGACAGCCCGGCUCUGGGAUGUACAGCACCUCCGUGGCCCCCGUGGCCUCCCAGGCCUCCGGCUCCUUCUCCCACAGCGCUGCACCGACAACCACUGCUCAGUACAGCACCGACACCUCCGCCGACUACAGCCAGUACAACCAGGCGUACACACAGGAAGCCAUGCAGCAGUGGUACCAGCACUACCAGGCCGCAGCACAAGCUCACAGCUACAACACGGCUGCUCCACAGGAGAGCACGACCGCAGACUACAGCAAGGAGCACACGCAGCCUCCCCCGGUGACCACCUACGGGGAUUACAGCUCCUACAUGCAGGCGGUCACUCAGUACUACUCCCAACCUGCAGCUGCCAACCAGGCCUACGGCAGCAAGGAAGUGGACGUGUGCAAGCCUCUGGGAGUCUCUCUGCACGCAGUCAGUAACGGGGGGGCUCCUCCACCAGCCGUCCUGCCAGCUGCCGCCGUGCUCCCGGCCUACAGCACCAUGCCAUUAAUGCCCGGCUUCCUCGGGGCGCCACACCCGGCGGCGGCUACUCCCGGCGCCGUCACGCACGCACACCCGGCCGCCACGGACUGGAACACUUACUACUACAAUCAGACCAGGGGCCAUAAGAGAGAGUACCCUCAGCUGGCGGUGCAGGAAGUGACAUCAUCGGAGGGCGCCUACAUCGGGCAGCACUCGCAGGGCCUGGGCGGCCAGUACGCCGACUACUUCAAGAGGAAGAGGCUCUAG